UGUGUGAGAGUGAGGGUUAAAAUCUUGACGUGCACGACUCUUUGGUUGUUUACAUGUUAGCAGCUAAACUCAAGCGUUUAUUUUAAACGUUUGAGAUGUAUAUUCUAAUUCGCUUUAACGCCAGUCACUGUGAAUAAGACGUUUAAUUAAUUAUGUAGAAAUAAACUAACGGAUGCACGUUGAAUAUUUGUGUUUGUGCGUGUUGUUUAGCCACUGUUAGCCACCGUUAGCUCGGUCAACGAGUUCACGAAGCGAACUUUGAUUUGAAGCAGCUGCAGAUCAGAGGUCACCUGGACAGAUCCUGGGGUGAUGGCAAACCCGCUGAGGGCUGAAGUGGUUCGACUCUACAAGAACCUUCUCUACCUCGGACGGGACUAUCCCAAAGGUGCAGACUACUUCAGGGACCGUCUGAGAGCAGCGUUCGCUAAAAACAAGUCGGUCCAGGACCCAGAGCGCAUCAAGGAGAUGAUCGCUCGAGGAGAGUUCGUGUCCAGAGAGCUAGAGGCGCUCUACUACCUGAGGAAGUACAGAGCCAUGAAGAAACGCUACUACGACCACGACUGACACCAGGAACACUGACCACGAGAAACAGAACAGCUUCAUUAUUUAUUCUGACCAGAUCAGCUUCUGUAGUCGGAUCAACACGCAGCAAAACAUUUCAAUAAAACAGAAAUCUGUCAUCAGAGGGAGGAGGAGGAGGAGGAGGAGGAGGAGGAGGAGGAGGAGGAGCAGGAGGAGGAAGGAGGGAGGAAGGAGGAAGGAGGGAGGGAGGAGGGAGGAGGGAGGAGGAGGAGGAGGAGGAGGAGGAGGAAGGUCAGAUCUCACAGUAUAAACACAGGAAAGUCCAGUGUCUGUGUUUAGUUCACGGUCUGACCUUCUUCUUGACUGAGAAACAGAAGUUUGAGUCUGUAUUUCUGUCACAGUGAUGUUUAGUUUCCACUAGAUGUCGCUGUUUUGUCCUUGAUGACGUUGAGUAAUAUAAUCAGCAUUAAAAUAAAACGAGUUAAAAUAA